AUGGAAAACCCCUUUUUGCCAGGAAAGAAGAAACGUACGGAUGAGAUGACUCAGGAGGAGCGGGCGGAGUAUGGGGCUCAUCAGAUUAUGGAGUUUGUGGCCUCUUGUCCCGGCAAAACUGUUCUUUCUGGAGCAUCGGGAUUUGCACUCGGUGGGUUCUUUGGUUUGUUUAUGGUUUCCAUGCAGUACGACCAACCAUUAACAGGAUCGGUCACACAUAUUUCAGAACUUCCUUUGAAACAACAGAUGAGACUUCAGAUGGCGGAUAUGGGAAAGCAGACGUGGAGAAGUGCUAAGAACUUUGGCUAUAUCGGUAUGCUUUAUUCAGCUGUAGAAUGUGUAUUGCAGUCAUUCAGAGCCAAGGAAGACUUAUUUAACGGUGCUGCAGCUGGAUGUAUAACUGGAGCUGGUUUGGCUAUCAAAAGUGGUCCUACCGCUGCGUUGACCGGAUGUGCAGGAUUCGCUGCCUUUUCUCUUGCCAUUGAUACCUACAUGCGAAGUGAAAAUGGUGCUCCCCCGCCUACAGACUACGACUAG